AUGGGUCUUUUGGGGAUUUUGAGAAAAUUCAAGAGUCAGCCUGGCAAGGAACUGAGGAUACUACUUUUGGGCUUGGAUAAUGCAGGUAAAACAACCAUUCUCAAAAACUUAGCCUCUGAAGACAUCGCACACAUUACUCCAACACAGGGUUUCAAUAUCAAAAGUGUGGUAUCAGAUGACGUUAAAUUGAACGUUUGGGAUAUUGGUGGACAACGUAAAAUACGACCGUAUUGGAAGAACUACUUUGAAAAUACCGAUGUUUUGGUCGCUGAUUUGCAAACUUUUUUUUUUCUUAAAUACAAUAUUGUACAUGACGAGCAUUCACCGUUUUUCUGUCCAAAAAAAAUAUACGUUAUCGAUAGCAGCGAUCGUAAACGCUUUGAUGAAACAGGCUUGGAACUCUUGGAACUGCUUGAAGAAGAAAAGUUAAAAAGCGUUCCCCUACUCAUAUACGCUAACAAACAGGAUUUGGUAACGGCGGCUAAAGCAAGUGAAAUUGCUGAAGGUCUUCAGUUACUUUCGAUUCGAGAUAGGUCAUGGCAAAUUCAAGCUUGUUCAGCAGUAACCGGUGAAGGGAUUAGGGAUGGUAUGGACUGGAUUUCGAAGAAUCUGAAGGGUCCUACGUCAAAGUCUCUAAAAUGA